CUUGAUUUUCAGUGUUGAAUUAUGAUAUUUAUCAAUCUAACUUUGAAUUGUGUUUUGAAAAGAUUUUGAAAGUCUGAAGAAGUCACUUCGUUGUAUUGGCUGUUGAAAAAAAUCAAUCAACAUGCCACAGAACGAGUACAUUGAUCGACACCGAAAAUUGUACGGUCGGCGUCUUGAUUAUGAGGAACGUAAAAGAAAGAGAGAAGCUAGAGCUCCUCACAAACUGUCGGAGAAGGCUCGCAGUCUUAGGGGUAUCAAAGCUAAGAUAUUCAACAAAGAGCGUAGAAAUGAGAAGAUUCAGAUGAAGAAGAAAAUCAAGGCACACGAAGAGAGAAACAUCAAAAAGAAAGCUGAGCCUACUCCUGAAGGAGCACUGCCUGUAUACUUGCUAGACAGAGAUGUUCAAUCUAGAGCCAAGGUUUUGUCUAACAUGAUAAAACAGAAGAGAAAAGAGAAGGCUGGCAAAUGGGACGUUCCAAUACCAAAAGUCAAAGCUCAGUCUGAUGCUGAAGUCUUUAGAGUUCUCAAGAGUGGAAAAACUAAACGGAAGUCAUGGAAAAGGAUGGUUACCAAAGUCACAUAUGUUGGAGAAAAUUUCACAAGAAAGCCACCAAAAUUCGAAAGAUUCAUCAGACCAAUGGCAUUAAGAUUCAAAAAGGCUCACGUUACACAUCCAGAGCUAAAGGCCACAUUUUGUCUGCCCAUCAUUGGAGUCAAAAGAAAUCCAAGUUCACCAAUGUACACAUCGUUAGGGGUUAUUACCAAGGGUACAGUUAUUGAAAUAAAUAUUUCAGAGUUAGGUUUAGUAACACAAAGUGGUAAAGUUGUUUGGGGUAAAUACGCGCAAGUUACAAAUAAUCCGGAAAAUGAUGGAUGCAUAAAUGCUGUAUUGUUAGUUUGAAAAUACCACUUAUUUUGGCUCUACGUAUGUAAUUGAAGUUUAUUGA